AUGGCCUCCAACGACGACGGCCCGCCCCUGUCGCUGAGGCCCUUCCCUGUCGCCGGCAAAGAGCCCAAGAAUCUGGCCGACUUUAUCGCCCGCGUCAAUGCGCAGCCCGGCGGCUUUCGAGGCGUGACGGAGACAAAGCUGCGAGAGGAGAUCAAGGCGGGCGAGGACUCCAAUAGCGCCACCGUCGAGCUGGAAGAUGUCGACAUGGUUGAUGCGGCAGACGACGACGACGCUGCUGCCAAGGACCCGGCUGCCGCCCGCAUCGAGGUUCUCAAGAAUGUCGACAUCGCGGGCAACACGGCCAUGCUCACCCUCGACUCCCUCUCCCUCCUCCUCUCCAAGCAGAAUCCCACCACGGCCGGCCUGACCCUGUCGCAGCAGCUCCGCGACAUGGUCGGCAUCGGCACCCUUGGCGCCGACAAGCUGGACGAGCCUAACACGAACGAGGCCAAGACCAAGGCUCUUGGCGAGGUCGCCAUCGGCUGGACCCUCCUCGAGAUCAACAGGACGCGAGACGCCGCUGAGGAUGCCAGCUCGCUGCUGGAAAGGGAGGUCGGGAUUGAGAGCAGAUACUGGGAGGACGUCAUGGCCGUCAAGAAGGCUGGUUGGUCUACAUGCAGGGUGCCUCACGAAAGACAUACCCUGGGCGUGAGGUUUGGCUUCUCCGAAGCUUCAGCAGAGUUCAAGAACAACGGGCUGGCGCCCAUGAGGAGAGGCGAGGACGGCUCGGUCGAGCUUGACCUGGGCCGGCUGGGCGGCAUCUCCGAGGGCCUCGUCGUGACGUACCAGAGGCACGGCCAAGUCGUCGGCCGCUCGGUGCCCCGGCGGCGCUCCGGCGGUGACCCAUCGCUGGAAUCGCGCGUCCUCGAGGCGCGCAACACCAUCUUCUCGCAGGAGCUCUGGCACGAGCUGACGCGCGAGGCACGCACGCUCGCCGCCUAUGACGUCCGCCUCGAAGGCUCGCGCCUGACGUGCAAGGUCGACCCGGCGUCCACAAUCACCGUCGAGCUGCUGCCCCUCGCCUCGUGCCCCUCGGCCGACGACGACGCGCUUCCCGAAAACAGCACGGCCGAGGCCAUCUCGGCAAGCCUGCACAUCCUGCUGAGCUACGCGCACCGCUACAACGAGCUCAUGAGGACGAGACCGAUACCGCCCCACGUGCCGCGCUCCCGCGGCCAGCAGACGUACGCGCUGCUCCGCCCCAUCAUCGCGCGCAUGACGUCCCUGCUCAGCAUCCGCGCCUGCACGCGGCACAUCGGCAGCCUUGUCCAGGCGCUCCGGGCCGCCGGCUUCGCGUCCGCGUUUACCCUGCGCACGCCGCAGGUGCUGUUCGCGCCGGAGCCCGGCGCCGCCGCUGCGGGGGCGCCCAACCAGCCGUCCGCCGCGCAGACGCUGGUCCGCAACAUGCUGCAGCCCCUCGAGUUCACCGUUGACUUCGACAUGCUCCCCGGCGCGUCACUCACUAUCCGCGGCCGCACCAUCCUCUUCCCCGUGACGGCCACCUUUUACCACGUCGCCCUCCCGCCGGCGCCGUCGCUGCUCCAGGGCCUGAGCGCCCCGUACCCGGACGGCUACCCGGACCUCAGGGGCUUGUCCGACUACCUCAACACCACGGUCGCGCGCACCCUGACGAGGCACUUCCUCGCCGACCUCGCCGGCGGCAAGGCGCCCGGCAGCGAGCGCUGGACCCAGAGCGUCGUCGGCACCUCGAUCCGCGACGCCGACUCGGAAACGCUCGACAUACACUUUUCCGUCCAGCAGCAGGGCCCCAAGACCGCCCUCGUGCUCACCAGCACCGUCGCCGUCGACCGCGCGCCCCACCAGCGCAGGUGGCAGUGGGCCUCGUCAGGAGGCGACGACGACAUCAAUGACAGCAGCAGCAGCGAGCGCAGGCCCAUCGCCGACAUCGUCACCGAGGUCGUCGCCAAGUCGUCUUCGUAG